AUGGGCUGUUUUGGAGAUUCGGGAAGUAAAUCAACAACAUCCAAUAACAAAACGAAAACACCAAACAACAACAAUGCUGGAAACGCUUCCAAGAAGGAUCCCAACCGAGUGAGUGUCUUGUUGUUAGGUGCUGGUGAAAGUGGAAAAAGUACCAUUUUCAAACAAAUGAAAAUCAUUCACAAGGAACCCUUCACCGAUGAAGAGCGCGCCACUUUUCGUGAAAUUAUUUACGGCAAUAUUGUGAGGAAUAUGAGAGCCUUGAUUGAGGCUUGUGAGAACUUGGAAAUUCCCAUUCAAAAAAAUGAAUCGAAACGAAUUGCUUCCGAGUUUAUGCAACGCAUGGAUGAUGAUGCCUUGUUGAAUAUUGAACGACAUUGGACACCCGAGUUGGCGAAUGAUAUUCAGUUUUUGUGGACGAAAGAAGAAGCGAUACAACAGGCGUUUGCAAAGAGAAAUUUGUUUCAGAUUACUGAUUCUGCUGCUUAUUAUUUUAAUGCCAUGGAUAGAAUUAAGGAUCCAAGUUCGUAUUUACCAAGCGUGGAUGAUGUUUUGAGAUCGAGAUUGAAAACGACUGGUAUUGCAGAAAUGGAAUUUCACUUGAAAGAAAUUGGUAAAAUUGUCAAGGUUAUUGAUGUGGGUGGUCAGAGAAAUGAACGUAAAAAGUGGAUUCACUGUUUUGAAGGAGUUGAUGCAUUACUGUACGUGAGCAGCUUGUCCGAGUAUAACCAAUUGUGUUACGAAGAUGAAUCGACGCAACGUCUCAACGAGAGUUUGUACUUGUUUGAAGACGUUUGCAAUAAUCGUUGGUUCAAAGACACCGAUAUCAUUCUCUUCCUGAACAAAACUGACGUUUUCAAAGAAAAAAUUGAGACAUUAAGAGAUCUCUCUAAAUAUCAACCCGAAUACACAGGAAACGACUAUGAAAGCGCCAGAGAAUUCAUCAAAAACAAAUUCUUGGAGAAGAAUCACAAUGCAGAAAGAAAUAUUUAUACAGAAUUCACGUGUGCAGUAGAAACUGAAAACCUAGGAAAACAAUUUGUGGAAUGCAUUUCCAAGGUUCUUCAAAAGAGAAAGUAA